AUCAUCAUGAGAGGCAGUAAAUAACACCCACAGAGUUUAAUUGUUUUUAAAAUUGCAAUGAUAACUAAUGAAAUGCUAAGAUGUGAACAGCUGCACAAGAAUAUUUAACGGAUUUCUUGGAGCCAUCCCCACUUUUGAUGGGACUUUUAAAAAGGCUACUUCAUGGAAACACAUAGUGGACAGCACACAGCCACAGCCUAGGUGGGGGCCUGAUGGUGGUCAGCAGGCACUGCCGGGUGAGGCUGGUUACUUUGUUUGGGCACAGACCUCAUCACCAUUGGAGAGAGGAGCCUGACAGUCGUGUUCUGUCUGAGGUGCGGAUUCCCCGUUCUUUUGCUGUCCUGUUUAGAUUGUGUAGGAGUGAGAGAAGCACACGUUUAAACUACUGAUGAUAAAUACUCUUCUUCCAUUUGCUUCCGGAGUGUGACAAUUUAGUAUCCCCUUGUGAUGGAGGGCAGAGGCUCAGAGGUGCAAUACCUCUCUCUCAUAUAUCACUGUGACCGUGUUCUUACUAAGGUCUCGGGGAGACUUUACUGAUGAAAUCUGUAAAAUGUAAUCAGAUGUGAGUUUUGGACUUUCCCAUGACCAAGGUCAGAAUGCUGCCCCUUCGUCAUGCUCUGGCUGUAGCUGUUGUCCAGAUCUUUAUCUUGUCAGAAAACUGGGCAUUGGCCAAGAACAUCAACUUCUACAACGUGAGGCCUCCUCUGGACCCUACGCCAUUUCCAAAUAGCUUCAAGUGUUUUACCUGUGAAAAUGCAAGGGAUAAUUAUAACUGCAAUCGAUGGGCAGAAGACAAAUGGUGCCCACAAAAUACACGGUACUGUCUGACAGUUCACCACUUCACCAGCCACGGAAGAAGUACAUCCAUUACCAAAAAAUGUGCCUCCAGAAGUGAAUGUCAUUUUGUUGGCUGCCACCACAGCCGAGAUUCUGAACAUACAGAGUGUAGGUCUUGCUGUGAAGGAAUGAUCUGUAAUGUAGAGUUACCCACCAACCACACUAAUGCAGUCUUCGCCGUGAUGCAUGCUCAGAGAACAUCCGGCAGCAGUGCCCCCACGCUCUACCUACCAGUGCUGGCCUGGGUCUCCGUGCCUCUGCUGACAUGAAGCCACUGUUCCUAAGAGAGACAGAAACCGCCCUCCGAAGCACAAGCCAAAAACUGUGUGAACGCUGAACGUUUGAGUGAAGACCAGUCUUGCACUUGGUGAAGAGUGCACCUUGGACGACCCCAAAGCAGAAGCCAGUUGUUCGAUGAGCUAAAGCACUCCUAUGUCGGGCCACAGGGUGGAGGAAGAGCAUGUAGCAGGAAGUGAGGGGAUUGUCUGGCUUCCAGGCUUCCUGGUUAGAGGGGCUGCAUCUUGUUUCUUCUGCAGGGAGGAUCCUGCCAGUAUCUGCAACAGAGAGGUUGCAGCAGCCUGUUUUGGUCCUGCUGACCAGGCCUUUAGCUGAAUGGACUGCUUGACCUCAAGACUCCUUCAGAAUCUGCUGGGUCAGACUCUCUCAUUUCUGUGAUUAGCUCAGAGUGUCCCUAUGAAAUCAACUCUUCCAUCAUGAGAAAGCAAUUUUCCCACCAAUGACACAGUCAGUGCGAAAGGCAGCUAACUAUAGGAAGAAAACUUCAGUUGAACUAAUAUGAAACCCAUUUACUAUUGUGGGGGGAAAUAAAGCUUUUAAAUUAUACGGUA